AUGAGUAAGCCAAUGAUAUCGUUUGGUCUGAAAAAGUCCGGCCUAGCGAAACCCGCCACGGCGGUACCUCGCAUGCCGACCGCGUUCAGCAAUGCAAGUGACGAGGAUGGUUCUGGGGACGAGAGGACAUCAAACAACAACGUGGUGGAAGUUUCAGAACUUGAUUCCUUUGGAACGACAUCGUCGACAAAAGCGGAUACAGAAGACACCAUGGGGUCGAGGAAGAAGAGCAAAUCUGGCGCCGUACUUCCAGCAGCACCACCGACUUCGAAGAAACAGCCGCUUUUAGUUCCCAAUGAAUUCACCGAUCUUUCCAGUGCACUUACAUCGCGCAAGUAUGCUGCCUCCGCUGAAGAGGCGGACCCAUCCAUAUAUGACUACGAUGCGGCCUAUGACUCAUUCAAAGCUGCUAAGAAAGCUGCCGCGGCCGCCUUAUCAACGGAGGACAAGCGACCGCGUUACUUUGACGCGUUACAACGUGCGGCAGACAUCCGCGAGCGCGAUCGGCAAAUUGCCGAAGAGCGGAGACUGCAGCGGGAACGCGCCGCUGAGGGGGAUGCGUAUAAGGAUAAGGAGAAGUUUGUGACGGAAGCAUAUCGCCGCCAGCAGGAAGAGUUACGCAGGCUAAGGGAGGAAGAGGAGCGCCGUGAAGAGGAGGAGAAAAAGAAGAAUCAGGGCAGGGGCUUGGCCGAGUUUUACAAGGGAAUGUUGGAGCGUGGAGAGCGUGAGCAUGCCGCAUUAGUGAAAGCAGCGGAGGAAGGUGUAGGAAAGAAUGUCCCGGUUGAGGAGGAGGAAGAUAAGGAAAAAAGUGCCACAGAGCGAGCAAAAGAGAUCAACGCGAUGGGCGGCAACGUGUUAAUCAAUGAAGAGGGCGAGGUGGUUGACAAGCGACAGCUGCUCAAAGGGGGGUUAAACGUGACGGCCAAAAAGACGGCCGAGGUCCAACGGGAGAAGGAACGGCGUGCUGCCGAGGAAGCAGCCGAGGCGGCACGGAGGGCCCGAGAAGGGUCCCAAGGCAGAGGUGUGUAUGCCGCGGGCGGCAGGCAGGCUGCACGGGAGCGGCAGACACGCAUGCUUGCUGCACAGCUGGAGGAGACGCUCAAACGGUCACGACAGGAGGAAGAAGAGGAGGCUGCCCGUAUCCAGUUGGUGGCGAAGAGCAGGAAAACAGAGGCUGAUGUGUCGAGUGCAAAGGAGAGAUAUCUCGCCCGGAAGAGGGCAGCUGAGCAGGCGAAGAAAAAGGGACUGGAUGAAAUGCCAUGA